AUAUAAGUUCUAGCUCAAAACACCAUAUAGAUUAUUUGUUAUAGCAUGUUAAAAUUGCCACUUUGUAGGUUUGAGCAAAAAUGUGCCGUUUUGUGUGUGUCCUUUAAAAUGCAAAUGAGCUGAUCUCUGUACUAAAUGCCAGUGCCGUGGUUGGGUAGUAAAGAUUAAGGGGCAGUAUUAUCCCCUUCUGACAUCACAAGGAGAGCCGAAUUUCAAUGACCUAUUUUUUACAUGCUUGCAGAGAAUGGUUUACCAAAACUAAGUUACUGGGUUUUUCUUUUUCACAUUUUCUAGAUUGACAGACGCUCUGGGGACCCAAUUAUGGCACUUAAACAUGGAAAAAGUCCGAUUUUUUUUAUGAUAUGUCCCCUUUAACAUUGUUGUUUAAAACACAUGUUGUCAUUAUAUAUCGAUCAGAUUAUUUCUUUCCAGUGUAUAGAAAAUAAUUUCCUAAUAUUUAGCCACAAAUUAAAAGUUGUAUUUAAAGUUGUGCCUUUAAACUUUGCUCAGCCCCCACCAUCCUUAGGAAGAGAGGCAGAGGUCUAUUUUUAUAAAAGCAGUGCACGUCCCCUUCCUUUAGCCAGCACUCUUGAGUGACAGCACAACUGUGUGGACCUGCUUUCAUCCAACACAGAAUUCCUCUUCACAGGGAGACUCUUUCCCCUCUAUUUUAACUUCCUUUAUUGCUGCACCCCCAUCGCCAGCAUCCAGUUCAGGGUGUGGGAGGGGAUCUGCGUGUAUUCGGGGAGAAGCUCAACUCAGGUGGGCAACGAGACGUAUCUUACAGUAUAGCUGCAGUAUCAUUUCUUUUUUCUGAGGGGGCCCUUUUAAAAUAUGAAACGUUUGUACUGAGGGGCCCCCCCAGGCCAACAAAUUAACCCAAGACAGAAGCACAGAUCGCAGCAUGGUGGCUGAGGAGGUUAUCAUCACCCUCUCCGGAGGAGCACCGUGGGGCUUCAGACUACAAGGAGGAUUCGAACACCAGAAGCCACUGCAGGUUGCAAAGGUACGUAAGCGAAGUAAAGCAUGUAGAGCUGGAUUGCGUGAGGGAGAUGAACUGGUCUCCAUCAACGAGAAUUCCUGUGGGAGUUUGUCGCAUGCCCAGGCCAUGAACCUAAUCGACAGCAUGCCAGGGUCACUACACAUCCGGGUUAAAAGGGCACCGGAUGGCUUUCAGUCAGUGGUUCUGGUUGCUCGAGCUCCCUCUCCCCGCAUUGAUAAAGAGUACCGUGCUGCCCUUAGGGCCCUGUCCCCAUCCAAACCUCACCAGACCACCGUACGACAAAUCCACCACACGUCUCUGACGUCCCCAGGUGGACGCAGCGGAUUGACCUCUCCCCCAGGAAGCGAAGCCUAUUACGGUGAAACAGACAGCGAUGCAGAUGUGGCUGCCAACGAGAGACAUCGCAAGCCAAAACGACGCAGUCCCAGCAAUUUGCCCGGCAAGGCUGGUCGAUCCUCGCCCGAAGGUGCGGAGACUUCUGAGAUGAGUGGGUACGACAGCGCUUCGGAUGCCCAAGUGUACCAUCCUGCAGGGCCAAAUGAGAAGGGAGACCCUUUGCCCGGCGUAGCCCGAAAAGAGGUGAUUUACCAGCCUGCUUUCACCGGAGUCUGGUCCACACAGACCUCCACAGAGACCUCAUCAAUGAGUGCGGAUGACCAGAACCCUCAUGAAGGUCUAACGGAGGAGGACAGUGGGUUCCAAGAGAUCACAAAUGUUCCACUCGUGUCUCCAGAGAGAGCCAAAGAAGCUCGGAUGCUGAGCUCUUGUGCUCAGUUGGUGCCCAUGGUUGGGCCGGUUGACCAUCCAGUGGAUGAAGAACUCACCUUAACAUACAUGGAUAAAGCUAAACAAGCCAAAUUGAACCGUGGAGACACAUUAAUGGAUAAGCAGGUGAAAGAGGCUCGGUCCAAAUGCCGCACCAUUGCCUCGCUACUGACAGAUGCACCGAAUCCUCAUUCAAAGGGUGUCUUGAUGUUCAAAAAGCGUCGCCAGCGAUCUAAGAAAUACACACUGACCAGCUUUGGAAGUGUUGAUGAGAACAUUCGGCAGGACUCUCAAGAAGAGGAUGGCAUGUUUCCCGGUAGUGAAUCAGAAUUUGACGAGGAAGGGUUUUCUGCUGCACCUGAUCCCACAUGGGACAGCGACUACCUGGAGAUGUUGGAGAAAAGAUCUGCAUCCCGAGGUAUGGAAGGAGAAAGUGGGGGUGCUCUCAGUCCAGGUCUGAGUGAUACCUCGGGUAAAGGAGCACAGCUGUUUGAGCAGCAAAGAAGGAGGGCUGUGGAACAUGCAAAGAAAAUGGAAGCUGUCCAGGAACACCUACACAGCCAAAUGCUUAAAGAGCAAGCACUUCCUGAAGUAAAGACAACCACAAUCCAACCACAUCCAGACCCAGUGACAAAGCCAAGUCUCCAGCCACCACCAGUUCCUCUAAAACCUGCAAGACCUUUAAAAACACUACAUCCCGAGGUUCAACCAGCAGAAACACCAAUAAACCAAGAGACACAUCAAGCCACCCCCAAUGUUUUUGAUAUUAUUAAGGAUGAUUCUUCACACACAAUAGCGCCAGCUCCUUCUGUGGUGCAUGUAACUAAUUUCUCAGUAACUUCUGCAGAAGCAGUGAUGCCUCCACCUCCUGCUCCUCUACCAGAACUUCCUGCCAGUUCCGUUUUAAACAGAACUGCCAGACCUUUUGCCCCAGGCUUCAUUACCCAUCGGGCAGCUACUGCUCCUGUUGUUUUCCGCCCUACAGUCAGUAAGAAGACACCAAGACCUGUUUCAGUGGCUGUGGUGGCAUCUCCAUUCUCAACAACAUCCGAGGAGUCGACCAUAGGUGUCACCUCUGCUGCUACCCACCUUACAGUGAGACAAAGGAGUCCCAAUGUACCUGUUGGAAUACCCACACAGCCCUUUGUACCUGACAAACCUAUACCCCCUCCAACUGUAUAUGUGGAGUCAUAUUCCCAACCUCCCAAACAUUUCUCCUCUGUGGAAAACAUCCAGGUUGCAUUAGUGCCACCUCCCAAAGUUCCAACUGAACCUACAUAUUCUGUAGACACACAAACAGUUUCAUCUGGUCAUGAGGACGCCACUGUGGCUCCUGUUAUUCCUCCUGUCAUCUCUCAGGCCACAGCCACACCAUCCCAGCCCUCUUCUACUGUAAUUCAUUCAGAUCCUGUGACUCCUUCCAAUGCUGUAACUCCGCUGUCGCCUGUAGGCUACCGUGACAAAACAUUCGGCACUGGUCCCCGUACUGGUAUUCUCAUAGAAGCUCGACGUCGUAGCUCAAACAAGCCCAUGUUUAAGAUGCCUGACAACAAGGAGAACGGGCCAAAUCCUGAGUUGUUGUCUCUGGUGCAGAACCUAGAUGAAGGACCUAGACAUGGGUAUUAUGAGCCUGAAAAUGUUCCCCAAAACAUAGAUGAGAACAGGACAAGGGUUCCACCACCUGUGGCUCCCAAGCCACGGAUCAUCCCAGAUAUGUCACAGAUUCCCCAGGCCGAAGGAAAAGGUGCAGAACUCUUUGCUCGUAGACAGAUUCGAAAGGAUUUGUUUGUUGUAGAUACUCCACCUCUACAGCAACCUUUACAACAACCUCUACAGCAACCUCUACAGCAUCAACAAUUUCAUUCAGCCAUGAAUCUGAUCCAACCACACGAUCCUUCUUCAUCCUCAUCCCAAUGGAAGUAUUCCCCCAACAUUCGAGCUCCUCCACCCAUCGGUUACAAUCCCCUGCUCUCCCCAUCAUGUCCCGUUGGGGCACAGCGUGGAGGGACCAAGGUGUCUGGUGAAAGCUCCAAAGUAAGUAAGGGUAAAUAUGCCCGGAAAGAGGGUAUCCAGGCUAUAGACUUCAUGAGAAGGCAGCCCUACCAACUUAACUCAGCAAUGUUUAGUUCUGGGGCAGGAAUUAGCACACAAUCUUCAACCCAGAAGCAACAGAGAGAAGGACAUACUCUGACACAACCCAGGCAAAUCCCGGUGAAGACGACACGUGUGUACGAAAUCAAACGGUUUUCAACUCCCACCCCAAUGUCAGCCCCAACUCUCAGCCCCACAGUGAUUGUACCACGCUCACAAACCACACUUGGUGAACGUCUGUCUCAUUCUGACAUGUCAUCCCCACCCCCACUCUUUUUACCUGAACCUACUUCGGCACCUUCACGUGCCACCGGCCUUCCAGAACUUCCGAAAAUUUCAGCUGCACCCAUCUCUCACCCUGCACCAUACUUACCCACAGCUCCCAUGUCAAGUAUGUCAAGCCUGAACUAUCCCGGGCUCCAAGCUGCCAAACAGUUUAAGAGCGCUCCUGAAUUAAGUUUCCUGCGGGCAAACCCCUUAAAGUCUCCAGUCCAAGCUCCUAAACCUCGAUUUAUUGCAGCACGAGUGGGUAUUCAGCCUCACAUCUGGAGGCCUGGCACCCUACCUCACUGACAAGAUUAAGAUGAUUUUAUCCCCAAAAUUCAUACGGUUUCCAAUUUUAUCAAGAUGUCAAUAUCUUUUUAAUUUCAAUUAAAGGAUAACUCUACCCCCAUAAUGAAAAUUUACUCAUUAUUUACUCCCCUUGUUUUUGUCUUUCUUUCUUUAGCCAAACACAAUCAAACUUAUAUUAAUAAUAUGCUGGAUCUUUUUUGCUUUAUAAUGGCAUUGUGGGGAUCAACGUUUCGAAGUUCCAAAAGUGCAUCCAUUUAUCGUUAAUGUAAUGCACAUGUACCCCAGUAUGUAAAUAAGUCUUCUGAAGUGAAACAAUAGGUCUGUGAGGAAAAAAAUAUAUUCUGAGCUUUUAAUAAGGGUAACGUACAUUUACACAGGGCGUAAGCGUUAACCCUUCCCAUUCAAUUUUAGUGGGUGAAGUCAUGCGUUGCCGAACUGAAUUGUGGAUCCGUCUGUGCCACGUCACUGCCGUUGCUCAUGGCAGAAGUUGAACAUUUCUCAACUUUUCAAGCGGCAAUGCGUGCGUCAGCCAAUCAGAUCGCCUUAUACAAAUAACCUUGGCAGAGCUAGCCAAUUACGUUUCGCUUCUGUCCUGUGUGAAUGUACCGUUACAAUACAUAUGUCAUGUUAACAGACAUUAACAACUCAAAAUUCAAAAAUGGCAGCAUGUGAAAUUGCAUUGUUUCUUGCGUGUCUCAUAACUAGUCGUCAUGAUAAAACGCACAGUCAUGAGACACGCGAGAAUGUGAUUUCACUUUCUUUCUUAUUUAAAUCUAGAGUAUUUGUAGCAAGGAAGAGCCACAAUAUUAUUUAAUAUAACUCAGAUUGUGUUCUGCUUUUAAGAAAGACAUAAACAUCUUCGAUGACAUGGUAGUGAGUAAAUAAUUCGUAUAUUUGAGUUAUCCUUUAAAGAAACAUGGACAAUAUAUUUUUAUUUCACUUGGAAAAACAGAAUAGUAUUAAAUUGUUGGUGCCUUAGUGAUAAAAAGCUUUCUUUAUUUUGGAGAUAUUUAAAAAAAAAAUAAUUGUAACAUGAGCAUAUUGAUUUUUUGCUUGUUUGUUUGGAUCAGUUUAAAACAGCUGGUUUUGCAUCUUAUUUCAGUUUAUUAUUCACAUUAAACAUUUUGUCACCCUUCAGUCCAUGACCCUAUCAGAACAGUAAUCUACUAGUUGACUUGUUAAACCACUGGUUUAGAUUGUUUUGUUUUGAAAGUGUUUUGUUUUGAAAGUGUUUGAGUGACAUUUAUUCUGAAAUUCAGAUUUUGAUAAAAAAAAUCAGUGGAAUUACUGUGAAAUGUCAUGAAUUAUGAUUUUAACCUCCGUCUGGGUUAAAUACAACAUUUAUGGGUGGUUUCCCGGACAGGUAUUAGCUUAAGCCAGUACUAGGCCUUAGUUUAAUUAGGAGACAUGACUAGUUUUAACCAACAUGCCUUACUGAAAACAUUACUUGUGUGCAUUUUGAGGCAAAACAAAGGGCACUGAUGUAUGUUAAGAUAUGUCAAUGCAAGUGGUUUUCAGUUUGGACAGCUCUUACAUUUAUUUUAGUCUAGGACUAGUCUAAUCCGUGUCCGGGAAACCGCCCCGUAAACUCUUAAAAAAUGCUGGGUUAUUUUUAACCCAGCGUUGGGUCAAAAAGGGAGAAGCCCAGCCCAUUGGGUUGUAAUUAAAGAUAUGCUGGGUUGUUUCAAUCCAUUUUCUGGGUUAAUUUGAUCCAACGACUAGGCUCGUCCUAUUUUGACCCAACAAAAGAACCUUAAUAAUAUUAAUACAAUUUUUAGAGCAUAAUAUUGUCUAUAAAACUGUUGGCAGUCAAUGGAUACAGAGAUCAUGCUAUAGUUUAUUUUGUCACUGGCUGAUAAACAACUGGGGUUAGUAGUGUUUCCUUUUGAAAGGGAUGAGGUCACAACAUAGAAAACAACAUUGUGACAUUCUAAAAGCCAUUGCACAACAUUGUGUGGCAUUGGUUUGGAAUGACAUAGAACUAUGAUUGGACUGACAAGUUUAACAUUUUAAAGGGAUAGUUCACGCUGUCAUCAUUUGCUUCUGUCAUGGUUACUUUCAAACCAGCAUUGGGUCAAAAAGGGACAAACCCAGCCCCUGAGUUAAAGGUGCAAUGUGUAACUUUUAGAGGGAUCUCUUGACAGAAAUGCAAUAUAAUAUACAUAACUAUAUUACCAGCGGUGUAUAAAAACCUUACAUAAUGAACUGUAUUGUUUUAUUACAUUAGAAAGGGCCGUUUUUAUCUACAUACACCAGGGGUCCCAUUACAUCAAAGUCAACCAUUUGUGCCGCCAUGUUUCUACAGUAACCCUAAACAGACAAACUGUUCUAUAGAGCGUGUUUUCUCACUACGUUGUCUCAGAUGAUGACAUGUUUGUCAUAUGGCAACUAUUGUAGCUUCUCUAAAGGUUUUCGAUAGGGAAGAGUGUGGCCUGAGCCAUUGGUUACACAUCACAAUCUUACCACAAGAUGCAGCUAAAAUCUACACCAGGGCUAUUCAAAUCUUACCCUGGAGGGUCGAGCACUGCAUAGUUUAGGCCUAGUCCACACGGACACGGGUAUUUUUUAUGCGGUUCGGCCGUUCAUCCACACGAAAAGGCAGUAUCAGGUCACUGAAACCGAACAUUUUUGAAAACCCCUGCCAGGGUGAGGAUUUUAAGAAACGCUGGUUGCAGUGUUGUCGUGUAGACCGUAAAACCGGGGUUUUUGCCUUGCUACGUCACUUUUGUUAGGCUUCUGAUUGGCCAAGAUGGCUUUACGGGAUUUGGGUUAUUCGCCGCCAGCUGCUGUGGCAUGCUCUUGACAGGGCUUGAUAGCGUGUUUUUGCUUUUUCAUGAGGACAGAGAUUUCUUUUAAAUCGAGCAUGUGUGGACGGGGUUUUUCUUUAGGAAAAACUCGGGUGAUAAAAAUACCCGUGUCCAUGUGGACAAGGCCUUACCUCGAACCCUUAUCAAACUUAACCACCUGUGAUUUUCUAGUGAUCAUGAUUCAUAAAGCUUGCUCAGGUGGGUUUGAUUAGGGUUGGAGCUAAACUAUGCAGUGCUCGGCCCUCCAUGUUAAGAUUUGAAUAGCCAUGAUCUACACAGUGUAUCUUUAAAUUAACCAACAAUUUUUUUUACCAAACCCUGGGUUAAAACAACCCAGCAUAGGCUAAAUAGCAACUUAGUAGGUUGACGUUGUCCCUUUUUGACCCAACUCCUUUUAGUUUUAUAAUGCCAUUGGAUAGUGCCCCAUUUUUAAAGCUCCAAAAAACUCAUC